UCAUUCAUAUAUAUUUUGUUUUAUACAACACAUUUCCAAGAUGAAGAAGCCUCAGAAUCCUUUUAAACCUAAAGCCAAGUCAAGACGAUUUGUUGAAUUACAACAUGAUACAGGAUUUACAGAUGCUCAGUUUGAAACACCGGAAACGCCGAUUCCUUGGAAAGCUAUUGGAUUAGCUUUAUUAUUAUUUGUUGCUGGUGGUAUUUUGUUAGCAAUUGGUAUUUUAAUCAAAAUUGGAACAAUUGCUUCAGAGGUCUGGUUAGCAAGAGGUACACCAUUUAUUGUACUGGGAAGUAUUAUGUUUAUACCAGGCGCAUAUCAUUUAUAUAUUGCUUAUUAUGCAUACUAUAAGUAUCCCGGCUAUGACUUUUCUCUUAUACCUGAUUGGGACUAAAUAAAGUUGUAGUGCAUGUAGUAAAUAAGUUUAUUAUUAUUAUUAUUAUUAUCAUAAAAGUACUAUAUGAUCGCUA